AUGCCCGCCCCUAUUAGGAGUAGAGUAGCCGUACCUCCUACUUAUAUCCGACGGAGCGUAAGCUUACUACCUUCGACGCUAUAUAAGCCGUCUUCUAAGAUCCUUAGUAGCUUACGUACUAGGAUAGAACUAGGCGUCUCUACUUUAAUAUUAACGCCUUAUAGGAGUCCGGCUAUAGUAGUCCGUAAGACUAGGUAUAUAAUCGAGGCCGUACCGGACGACCUUAUCCUAGUAAUCUAUACUAAUUAUAUCGCUACUAUUAACCUUGCUACCUCGCUAUUGUCCGCAUCCCUAGAUAGGCUAAAUCUACGUCUCGUUCGUAUCUCGUAG